GAGUUUCAGGUUUGUCGCUUAUGGGUUUCGGGGUAGCGGUGACGCGCGUUGCCCUGAUCACCGACUCAUUUCCAUCUUUUCGUCUUCAUGCAUUAGACUGUAUGAAUUUAGUCUUAGAUAAGUAUGACUGAGAGCGAAGGGAAUAAAAAUGAGGAUUGUCAUGCAGCGAAUGGUGUGAAACCAGGAAGAAAUGGCAUGGUGAAGAACCAUCAUCACCAUCAUCAGUAUCAAAAGCAGGAGAAGGUUUACCACGCUGCAUGCAAUGGAGAGCUUUACAGCAGGCCGUUCAUCGAGUCCUUUGAGGAGACUCCCAUGCUGGUCGCCGUGCUCACGUACAUGGGCUAUGGCAUCCUCACGAUCUUUGGAUAUCUGCGGGAUUUCAUGAGGGAGUGGAAAAUAGAAAAAUGCCACAUAGCCAGAGAAAGGGAGGAGCAGAAGGACUUUGUUCCACUUUAUCAAGACUUUGAGAAUUUCUACACUAGGAAUUUAUACAUGAGGAUUCGGGACAGCUGGAACAGGCCCAUUUGCAGUGUUCCUGGGGCCACGUUUGACCUUGCUGAGCGCAGUUCAAAUGAUUACAACUGGACCUUUGAGUACACUGGGCGAGUGGUGAAGGAUGUGAUAAACCUUGGCUCGUAUAAUUAUCUGGGCUUUGCAGAGAACACAGGCGCCUGUGCCACAGCUGCUGGAGAGGUGACGGUGAAACUCGGGGUGGGCGUGGCCAGCACUAGACAGGAAAUGGGCAACCUCGACAGGCACGAAGAGUUGGAGAAACUGGCGGCGUCAUUCCUGGGAGUGGAGUCGGCUAUGGCUUUUGGCAUGGGGUUUGCAACCAACUCCAUGAACAUUCCUGCAAUAGCUGGCAAGGGAUGUCUGAUUCUCAGUGACGAGUUGAACCAUGCCUCUCUGGUACUGGGAGCCCGACUGUCCGGCUCCACAAUCCGCGUCUUUAAACACAAUAAUAUGCAGAGCCUGGAGAAGUUGCUCAGAGACGCUAUCGUUCAUGGUCAGCCUAGAACACAUCGACCCUGGAAGAAAAUCCUCAUCCUUGUGGAGGGCAUCUACAGUAUGGAGGGCUCCAUUAUACGGCUGCCAGAAGUUAUAGCCCUGAAAAAGAAGUACAAGGCCUAUCUUUAUCUGGAUGAGGCUCACAGUAUCGGGGCAUUAGGACCCAACGGUCGAGGGGUGGUGGAGUAUUUUGGAUUGGACCCCAAAGAUGUAGAUGUCAUGAUGGGCACCUUCACAAAGAGCUUCGGAGCUGCUGGUGGAUACAUAGGAGGGAGGAAGGAUUUAAUAGACUACCUACGAACUCACUCUCACAGUGCAGUUUACGCCACCUCUAUGUCGCUUCCUGUCGUGGAGCAAAUCAUCACUUCUAUGAAGUGCAUUAUGGGGAAGGAUGGAACAACAAUAGGUCGUUCACGUAUCCAGCGGUUGGCUGAAAACACAGUCUAUUUCCGUAGGAGACUGCGGGAGAUGGGAUUCAUCAUCUAUGGCAACAAUGACUCACCUGUGGUACCCAUGAUGCUCUACAUGCCCGCCAAAAUAGGGGCGUUUGGUCGGGAGAUGUUGAAGAGAAACAUUGGAGUAGUGGUGGUGGGCUUCCCAGCCACGCCGAUCAUAGAGUCCAGAGCCCGCUUCUGUAUCUCUGCAGCCCACACCAAGGAAAUGCUGGACAGGGCGCUGGAUGUGAUCAGUGAAGUAGGCGAUCUGCUGCAGCUGAAGUAUUCGCGGCACAAAGUUCUUCCCUCGUUGGACCGGCCCUUUGACGAGACCACAUAUGAGGAGAACGAAUAGUGACAUGCUUCCUAUCUGAACCAAAUGUGCACUGCUCAUCUUCUGCUCUCCAAAAAGAAGCAGCGAACCAAUUAAUAAAUAUAACUUUUUUUAUACUUAGGUAUAUCAUCUUUAUUUUAACACAUUAAGCUCUGAACAACAACAAAACAAUGAUGCUUAUCAACAAAAAAAGCUUUUUGUCUCUCCCCAGUUUCCUCUACUGCAUUUGUCACCUCGGUUUUGUUUUGACGUGAGGUUUGGGGUCUGUUUUUAACUCUUUGUGGCAUUCGUUUAAGGAAAUUAAUACUUAGAUUUUUCUCUGCCAGCCACAGCAAGCUUUGAGCUGCUUGUGUACUUGCUAAAGCCAUAUGUCACUGCAGCCUUCAAAACCAUUUUUGUGUACAAAAACCUUUGAGACAUUUUUUCCCCCUAGUAAGUGAGAACAGACUGGCAGCGAACCCAUAAUUCUGAGGAUCCUAACCUAUGAAAGAAUUAAAGGUUCUUCUUAUUGCAUUGUCAGUACAUUCACUUUGUUACCUAUAUCAAACUCCAAAACCUCCACAACUUGGCUGUCUAGUUGUUUUUGUUUCCACAGAUUUUGACUUGUGGCCAGCUCGGGUGUCUUGCUUCGGAUAUUUGUUUUUUCAUUGAGAUACAAAUCGCGGAGGGCGAUGUUGGUUAUGUCUGAGGGAAGUCUAGGUAGAAACAAGGAAUAUUUAUCAAAUUUUCACCUGUGAGAAAACUUGGAUGCUUAUUAUAUGCAUUACCUCUAAAGCUGCAGCGGAAGUUGUGCAUUAUGAUUUCAAAACCUUGUAGAAACUUUACAUUUUAAAAGAAUCAUUCACCUGAAAAUGAAAGUGUUGUGAGAGAUAACUUGUUUUCAGGCCAUCCGAGAUUUUGAUUUUCAUCAAAAUUUAGGAUGCCACUUACUCGCCAAUGAAUCCUCUGCAGUUAACGGGUGCCAUCAGAAUAAGAGUCCAAACAGCUGAUAAAAUUAUCAGCUUCACUUCCAGCUAAAAUAUGUGUCCUCUGUUCAUAAAAAUCUUUCAUUUAGUGAAAAGGUUCAUCCCAUGUUGUCCUUUCACGUCAAAAUCCACCAACAUACUUGUUUAGAACUGUUUUGGACUUUUUGUUUAAAAGCCGCUUAAUCUGUGUAUAUUUUUCACCUGAUUCAGAGGAAGUUACUUUUUAACUGGAGGACUCAUAUUUGAAGUUAAAUAUAUUACAAACAUGCAGCUUUUCGAUGCACAAGACAUUAAUUGAUGAUCUGGGGAAAUGUUUAUUACUUGUGGAUUAUUGUGAUGUUUUUAGCAUUUCUUUGCACACUCAUUCUGACGGCACCCAUUCACUGCAGAGGAUACGUUGAUGAGCAAGUGAUGUAAUGCUAAAUUUCUCCAAUUCUGUUCUGAUGAAUAAACUCAUCUACAUCUUGGAUGGCAUGAGGAUGAGUAAAUGUAAUUGUUCCUUUAGAUGCAACUAUUUUAAUAUUGACUUAUUAGUGUAUGAUUGCAAUGCCAUGAAUAACUAAUAAGUUUGCUAUCUUGCAAGAGUUUCAUUGUGUGGUUGUAUACGCUUUCCUCAAUAUUGAUUUAAAGUUCAUUGUCUUAUGAUUUCCAACAUCUUUAAACCACUUUUCAUUCUUCAUGAAAGGAGAUUUAUGUUAUGUAUAUGUUUCUUUAAUGUAAAUAUUUAUUUAUUAUUCAUGUUUCAUAUCUUUUAUUGUUUGGAGAAGUGUACUUUAAUCAUCAAGGGCAGCUCCAGAUAUCCUCAUACAGUAUAUGCACAUGCAUGAUGUGCAUGCUCUCAGUGCACAUACUACUGAUGAGUCUUUUUAUAUCAUUUUAAUAUUCCCAGCAAAGCAUGUGGGAUGUAAUCACUGAAUCUGCUGUUUUAUGAUGCUUUAAAGGUGCUGAAAUGUACUCUCCUUAUUAUGUUCUGUGGCUUCUGUUACAUUCUCCCAUGUAUUUAAUUUAGUACAAGUCUUUUACAACAUCAACAUCCGGGGAUAUUUCUUUUGAACCAUUUUUAUUUAAACCGGUGUUCCUUUAUAUGCAACCAGAAGAGAAACUACACACAUUAGGAGAUGUUUAAAAAAAAAAAAAAAAGAUGGAAACAAUCAGAAUGUUAUUUUUGAAUCAAAGUACACUGUGGGCUUCAUCAGGUCAGGAGUUGUUCCACUCCUCUAAGAAAAUUAAAUUACUAUGACUAAAUGUA